CAAGAUGAUGAGCAGCAGCGGAGGGAGGACGAGGAGCACGACGGCAGCGGCAGCGGGGAGGAGCAGCAGCAGGGCAAGGCGGCGCAACAGCAGGGCAAUGCGUCUCCUCUCCUCCGACCACGCCGCCAUGUUGCGCGACGGCGAGUGGGCGCCCGCCCUCCCCGUCCGCGAGCUCGUCCCCGGGCAUGGUGGCGGCUUCCGAGCCCUCCUGCUCCGACCCCACAGAGUGCUCGAGUCUGGAGGGGCAGCAGACGGUGGUGGGCGCUUGCGCCGCCGCCAUCUCCUUCGUCCUGCCCGCCCGACCCCCGACGCUCACUUCCCCGGCGUCGUCGCCGUCGUCCGCAACCACCGCCACCGCGCCCCCACCCUCUCCCCAUCGCUGCAGGCCCCCACCUUCUCCCAAUCCCCUCACCCUUCUCUCCUGUGGCCAGUGGAUUCGCCCCUCGCGGGAUCGAUUCCUCCGAGCCAGCGGUCUGCAGGGCCGGACGGGAGCGGCACGGCCCUCAUCGGUGCGUCGGUGGCGACGGUCCUGCGGGUCGAGGCUGACCCCCAACGGCGCUGGCGCUGCGUCAAGCCGGCGCGUGCUUCUGCUCGCGGGACAACGUGGUUAAGCGGCGACGAGAUGCUCGUCCAUCUCCUCCUCACCGACCAAAUCGCCGAGGAUUCCUCAUCCACCGACGCGCCCAAGGAGCGGAUCAGCAACGCCACUAUAGCAGCCCAGCACAGCCGCCGAGCCAGGGCCGGCCUACUUAACCCAACAGCUUUGCUGGGCCGCUUCAUGUCUCAAGCCGCGGCAGAGGGGGAGAUCCAGGUGGAGCGCGCCAUCUCCAUCGCCGCGACUCGCCCUCCUGUCUGCGUCUCCCCGCCCCUUCUCCUCUAGCUGGAGGAGCACGAGCCAAGGCGUGUGCCUCCAAUUCUGCAAUGCGCCUAACGGCUAUCUCUGCAGCAUUCCAUUCGAUCGUCCGUCCGAUCGAAUCCCUUGCUCCAGCCGUUAGGUACCAGCAGCAUUCCAUUGGUUUAUUUUAUGUAUAAUAGUGUGAUUAAACAGUGAGGUGUAUGCAGAUCUAUAACAGUAUAUGAUACUUUUGAUUGUAGUAUAGGUAAUCAGGCCUUUUUGAUGCAUAUAUCUAGCUCCAAUUGGUUAUGUGGUUUCUCUAAUUAUUCCAAAUUAACUGAAUUAAUGUGACCUUGUUUAAAAUUUUAAUCGAGAGUAAACAUUCAGAGACCUAA